AUGUCACAAGUCACAGAACCACCCUACCUCCACGAGAAAAGACCCAGUCGUAGCAACACCAGGGGAAGAUUUAGCUGGGUCAAAAGACUCGUGCAAGGACAGAAUCUGCAUCCCUCACAACACAACCACCACCACCAUCAAAACCACCAACGCACCCAGAGGGUGCUGUCACAAUCCAGCUCCCAGCCAGCAGUACCUAGAGGUGCAGCGCUUGAACGACCCAGCGAAGUGAGGUUCACUGUAAAGGGGCCCCCGGCAAUUCCAGGUACGCCAGGAUUGCCUCUGGACGACAAUAGCACAAGAAAGUCUCUAAAGAGCAUGGAUAUCGGCAGCGACGUGGACUCGCAGGUGUCAGCCCACUCGGAUAACAUUUCCACCAUCCCGCUCAAGCUGAUUGUCUCACACACGUCUACGACAAAUUCACCUUCGAUUAUCAGUAGCGAGAACAACCAAGGAAGUGCUUCGGGUGUGCCAUCCACAGCAGAAACAUCACUAUUGCCCAGCCCCCACGCCUCGGUGUCGCCCAGCUACUAUACGGGGCUGAUGUCCACGAGGAUGGGUGGAGAGCGAGAGCGUGAUAGCGAGUCGAUCGUCACACUUGCAAGUUCCUCGAGGAGGGUCAGGCGAAGGAGCAUUGACACCAAUUGUAGUAUGGCAGGGAUUCCGCCUGCGAGUAUCAUGGAGCGUUUGACGGUGAACCCGACCGCGAGAGACCAGCCAGGGGACGAGGAACAAUCAAUAGGCAGGUAA